CCCAUAGUACGAUACCAUCGUGUUGUCAGAUACUACUACUUAUUUCAUGCCAUGACAGCACACAAGAUAAAAUUGCACAUAUUCCACGGAAAGAAAGCUGAUGUCGCCUGCAUUGUGACAUUCCCAUUCGCCACUUCAACACUGAUGAACCGAUCGACAGCCCCAACACUAUCUUUAGGUCGCACAGAACACUAUGGGCUUUCUUGAGAACCUGCAAGUAGAAACAACGGAAUAUACUACUAUUUCGGCGAACCGAGCACUGCCGGCUGUACUAUCUGCAUGUUAAUCGGUAUCAGGAUCAAGUGUCAACAGCAUCAUCCAUGGAUGUAGAAAAGCAAGACCCACUAACUUAUCAUGUGGGGUCAGCAACCAGCAGGGUCCGAUUCUGCCACACCCCAAUCUAGCCAACGCAUUCGGCGCCCAACACACGUCUUUCCCACCAAAACACCUCGGAAUAUACGAAUAAGUAUACUAAGAUGAGCACGAUUGCUGUGGCCGGUGGUACCGGCGGCAUAGGAAAGACUAUUGUCGAGGCAUUGCUGCAGGAGCCCAAGUAUCGGGUCAUUGUCUUGACCCAAAGUAAUCCCAAAGAGGAUCCCGUCCUCAGACGGACGCAGCAAAUCCAAAUCAACUAUAAUGACAUUGACUCUAUCGUCGAAACGCUGGAGAAGCAUGCAGUGCACACGGUCAUCUCCGCCAUCGGAAUCUACACCGAGGAAGCCGCCCAAUCUCAGAUGAACCUUGUCCAGGCUGCCGAGAAAUCCAGUGAAACCAAGAGAUUUGUCCCAAGCGAAUAUUCGUUUAUCCAAACCGAGGAUCUCCUACCUCACGAUCCCAGCAUUAAGUACUGGCUUGAUGUAGCUGAAUUGCUGAAGAAAACCAAGUUGCAAUAUACUCGGGUCUGCCCUGGUGUCCUCAUGGACUAUUGGGGAAUGCCUCGAGUGCGAACCAACAUUCAUCAACACGUUAUCGGGAUCGAUGUAGCCAACUGCUGGGCUGGCAUUCCUGGCGACGGCAAUGACAAAAUGAGCGUGACAUAUUCAUACGACUUAGCAGCAUACAUCGUGAAGCUACUGGAUCUCAAGGAGUGGCCUGAAUUUAGCAUUUUUGCAGGAGAUGACAUUACUUACAAUGAGCUCCUUAAGCUUGCCGAGGAGGCUCGAGGUAAACAAUUCGAUCUUGUUUAUGACAGUACUGAGAACGUCAAGGCAGGUCGGGUCACCGUGCCACCGUUCCUUACUGGGCUUUCUGAGGAGGAGGCCCGGGAAAUGACCGUGCUGGUGAGCCGACUCACUAUCGCCGGUGCUUUUGACCUACCGCAGGAGCGUAUGAAUGCGUUGUUUCCCGAUAUCAAGCCCAUCAAGAUGAGGGAAUUCCUCGAUAACACAUGGAAAGAUGAGGCUUAAUCAUGAAUAAAGCUGAAUAAUAAUGAGUGACUAAU